AUGGUUCUGGAAUAUAUCAGCCUAGCUCUCGGCCUCGAAGCCCUCGCUGAGCGAAUCGUAAAGCAAGUCCUCGAUCUGCCAGGGACACGAAGUCACUUCACAACUCUCAUUGGAGAACUGCAGACCUUGAAGCAUGUCCUCGAUCGCGUCAUGGAGUACGGAGAAGGGAAUGUUAGCCAGAAAACACAAUGGUCGCUCGAAAGGUGUAUCGACGAUACGAAAGAUACCUGCGAGGAGAUGGAACGGCUUGUGAAUAGAGUCAUACAUUGGAAACAAGCCUGGAUAGCGGACUUAAUGGGAAGCUUAGCGAAGAAACCUACCGAGGCGUUGUGUAGGAGAUUAGAGAGGAAUAAGAGUACGCUGAAUGUGUUACUUAAUGCUAUGAGGAUCGAAAGCAAAGGGCCUCCGCCUGAUUAUCCAGAGGGUCGUAAGGAACCAUGUCCUCCUUAUACCAAAGCCCGCCAGGCUUUCAGCACAAUGAAGAAAGUGGCAGACGGGAUGAUGGUUGGUGGUGGGGUCCUGGCUAGUGUUGGGUUGAUAAUUAUGGCUGUGGUACAUGCGAUUAUUCCUGUCGCAGCAGCAGCAGUAAUUGGAGGCGGAAUAUUGUUAGGUGCAGGAGCAGGAACUUUAGUGGUCAGACGGCGAAUGAAGCUUUCUCGUUAA